AUGCCAGCCAGCAGCUUUGCCGCUGCCCAAGAGCGGAUAUUAGCACAGCAAGCCGCUAGACGACAAGAAGCCCGCGCACGUCACCAACAAGCGAAGGUCACGGGUUCCCCUUCCUCGCUAUCGCGACUUGCCCAUUCCUUUCGACCGGGGCUCUCCUCGUUUUGGUCGACUUUGUUAGAGUCCGAGGGAACUAGACCGGCAUUUCGAGUAGGCCAAGUCGAUGCCGAAUUGCUCGACGAGGAACUCCUGCGGCUCUUGAAGACACAAGUCGGAGAUGCCCUCAGAUAUCUAGGACCGCAUCUGCAGGAUGACUGGUCACAAGAAAUCCUGCUCGCCCUCAGAGCCGCCCUGUUCAAGCUCUCCAUAUGGGAUAACGAUGCCUCCUAUGGGGCGACCUUACAGAACCUCCGAUACACCGAUGCCCGGAAGCCCGGCAUAGCACUACCGAAGCCGACCAGGUGGCAGAAAGGCCUAUACGGAUUGAUCACGAUCUUUGGGCGGUAUGGGUGGGAUAAGUGGCAAGACUGGCUUAUCGAUCAAGAGCGGGAUUACACUUCUCCUUCAGAGCGGACUCAGGGAUUGAUACGAAUCACCUCUCUCAUCUCAACCACCCACUCGAUCGCCGCGUUCUGCUCAUUUUUGGUCUUCCUCGUCAAUGGGCGCUAUCGGACGCUCACCGACCGCCUCCUCCGCUUGAGACUUGCGCCCCCGUCUAAUCAAGUCAGUCGAGAAGUGUCAUUUGAAUAUCUCAAUCGUCAGCUGGUGUGGCAUGCCUUUACGGAAUUUUUACUGUUUCUUCUCCCAUUGGUGGGAAUAAAUCGGUGGCGCAAGUGGCUUUCGAGGGCAUGGAAGAAGGCCAAAGAUGCAGUGAGAUCAGAAUCAGCAGAGGAUGACGACCAAAAGAUCAAGAGCGGGCCGCUAUCAUUUCUUCCUGAAAGGACGUGCGCGAUAUGUUACCAAGAUCAGAACCCAAGUUCGACAUCCGAAGCCGAAAUCCUCGGAGCAAAUACGGGGGCGGGAGGCGGUGUAAUUGGUUCUGCAACUACUGAUAUCGUCAACCCUUAUGAGACCCUCCCGUGCGGCUGCCUUUACUGCUUUGUAUGCAUAGCAACUAAGAUUGAGGCUGAGGAAGGCGGUGGCUGGUCAUGUCUGCGGUGUGGAGAGCUCGUCUACAGGUGUCGACCUUGGAGUGGAGAUGUCCUUGUCGAGAAAAAGCUGAGUAACAGGAACGGGAAGUCUGUCGGUUUCUCUCUUACAACCAAGGAGAGGGAUAAAAGCACGGCAAUGGAGCAUUCUGAAGAGAGCCCUGAGAUGGUCGAGUCCACUCUCACCUCUUCUCAGUGGUUCAUGGCAGAACAAGAGUCGCCAAGUGGCUAA